CUUAAGAAAAAUGAAACCGAAGAAAGUGUGAGACCAUGAACACUGACAAAGUAACUGAGAUGGAGGUGAAAAAGCUCACUCCAGUAGAAAUACAAAACGUUAAGGGUGCUGAAAAAGGCAAAAUGGGAGAAACAAAAGUUUUUAACCUUUUCUUAGAAGAAGAAAAAGGACUGAAGGAUCUACCAGUAAAAAUGAAGAAUAGUGUAGCUUCCACUCCAAAACACACUGCAGAAUCUGAACUGAAGAAUCCACCAGAAGAAAUUUGUACUAUAGCUUCAUUGCCUGCUUCCACUCCAAAACAAACUGAAGAUGUUUACAGGAGAGUUCGUCUGUAUAAGAGGAUUUCUGCUGUUUUCAUCAUUCUCUCUUUGCUCUUGCUGGCUGUGGUUCUCGCUCUGGCUAUGAAGUUAAAUAUGUGUCCAGAGAGCGCUGAAUCAAAGUGCACCUGUGAACUAUGUCAGACCAUGUACCCCUCACUAAAGAGCAUCCCAGGGUGUCAGUGCUGUGAGUGUGAGGAGGAUUGGGAGAAGUUUGAGAACUCCUGCUACUUCUUUUCUGAGACAUGGCUAAACUGGCAGGAGAGUCGGGAGGAGUGUCAGAAACAGGGCGGAGACCUUGUUGUUAUUGACAAUGAACAUGUGCAGGAGUUUCUAAAUGAGUAUGGGAACGUGAGGUACUGGAUUGGGUUACAUUAUUCAGAAGAGCAGCGAUGGAUGUGGAUUAACAAUACUGCAUCAACCCAGAGCAGCUACUGGUCCCAUGGCCCACCAAAUCCAGGCUCUCAAAGCUCCUGUGCACUGCUAAAUGGAGGGGGAUCAGACCUGAACAACUGGAGUUCAGACAAAUGUACUGUGUAUUCACAGUACAUCUGCCAGAGAUGUUAAAAAAUUGGGAACCAUAACCAUCACAUAUAUCUGCUAAAUUUGCCUUUGAUAUCAUUUUAUUUACAAUGCAGUUCAUAAACAGUACAUAACAAUUACAGAAUUAGUACAUGAAACAAUCCUGUUCUGUGAUGCACAAUCAAGUAUCAUGUAUUUUUCAUGAUUGAGAAAAUUAUAUUUACACUAUAACAUGUAGAAUGUAUUAUAGUAUAUACAUAUACAUACAUAUACUUGUGAGAUGUCAUUACAGUUUAAGUAGUGAAUAAUUAGAGAUGCCUUUACAGUGGUUCAAUUAAAAA